AUGUUAUUCUCUACCUUGUGUGGAUUUCUUGUCGUUGGAAAGACCUUGGCUCAGUCCAACACAGUGGACGCGUAUGUUGCCUCUCAAUCACCGUUAGCCAAAGCUGGACUACUCGCCAACAUUGGUCCUUCAGGAUCUAAAUCAAUGGGCGCGAAAUCAGGGAUUGUGGUCGCUUCGCCCUCUAAUGUGAACCCUGACUACUUGUAUACCUGGACUCGCGACUCCGCACUAGUAUUUCAAACCAUCAUCGACCAGUUUUCUCUGAGCAUAGACACUAACACAAGAGGGGAAAUUGACAAUUAUGUUGCUGCGCAAGCUAUCAUCCAACAAGUUUCCAACCCCUCUGGCACUAUUACUACCGGAGGUCUUGGGGAACCAAAAUUCAACAUUGACGAGACUGCCUUCACGGGUGCUUGGGGGCAAUCGCCCUCAACGAGGUGCGCUCUCCGUGUUUCAGAUGGACCUGCCCUUCGAUCCAUUGCUUUGAUCACCUGGGCGAACUUUUUGUUGACAGAAGGCAACACAUCAUAUGUCACGAAUACGCUAUGGCCUCUGAUACAAAACGACUUGAACUACGUAGCACAAAACUGGAAUCAAAGCACGUUCGAUCUGUGGGAAGAAGUCGAUUCGUCGUCCUUUUUCACGACAGCCAUCCAACAUCGCAGUCUUCGUCAAGGUGUUCAACUUGCAAAUACCAUAGGGCAGACCUCCGUUGUAUCCAGCUGGACUGCACAAGCAGGAAAUCUGCUUUGUUUCCUUCAGUCCUACUGGAACACUGCCGGUUAUAUCACAGCAAAUACCGGAGGCGGCCGCUCGGGCAAAGACGCGAACACGGUUCUCGCGAGCAUCCAUACCUUCGACGCUGCUGCUGGUUGUGAUGCUCUCACGUUCCAACCUUGCUCAGACGUUGCUCUCUCGAAUUUGUUGACAUAUGUUAACGCAUUCAGAAGCGUUUAUUCUAUUAACUCCGGUCUUGCUAAUAACGCCGCUGCGGCCACCGGUAGAUAUCCAGAGGACAGCUACAUGGGUGGAAACCCGUGGUACCUUACAACGCUUGCAGUGUCGGAGCAGCUCUAUGAUUCUCUCAUCGUAUGGAAUCAACAGAAAUCCCUCAAUGUCACCAGUCUUUCUCUUCCCUUCUUCCAGCUCUUCGAUGCCAGCGUCACGGUGGGAACAUAUACAUCCACUUCCUCUACUUUUACCACUCUUACGACUGGUGUCAAAACGUUUGCUGAUGGAUUUGUCGCCACAGUGGCGAAAUACACACCAUCUAGUGGCUCUCUUUCCGAACAAUACUCGAAAUCUGACGGUUCACCUUUGAGUGCCACCGAUCUAACGUGGAGCUAUGCCGCUACCCUCACUUCCUUCGACGCGCGCGCCGGCCUUGUUCCUACAAGUUGGGGAGCGAAGGGCUUGACCAGUUCAUGUGGUAUUUCUACUGGAGGCGGGGGCGGAAGUAGCUCUGGUACUGUUUCUGUUACGUUCAACGUCGACGCUACGACAGUAUUUGGGGAAAAUAUAUACAUCUGCGGCUCCGUGGACGCACUUCAAAAUUGGGAUCCUGAUACUGCCCUUAUCCUGAGUGCUGCGACUUAUCCUAUUUGGAGCAUAACCGUUAAUCUACCCGCCAGCACUCAAGUCCAAUACAAGUACAUUCGUAAAUUUGGCUCCAGUUUGACCUGGGAGUCUGACCCCAAUGAUGUGAUCAACACUCCUUCCGGUGGUUCCUUCAUUGAGAAUGAUACCUGGCGAUAG